UGCUUACCUCUGUUGAUAAUCUCUCCUUUACAACAAACAGCGGCAAUACUCUUACUUUGACCAUUGAAAAAGACAGUUUAUAUUUACAGACACCUUGUUAAAAAUAAAAUUAUGACGAGCCGCCAAAAAACUUAUGUUAGCCAGACACCCACAUCGAAAGGCUCGGCACUAUGUUGUGCGAGCUCUACUACCGUGUGAUAUGCGGGUGUUGCUGUUGUUGCUCUCUUGCUGCUGCUCGCUCUUAUUGAACCUGUUCUUGAUCACCAGCGUUGCUGCUUCCAUAUCUGCUAAUAUUGGUUAUACGACCACAAUACCGCAAAUUUGGGACGCAUCACACGGUAAAUUUGUUCUUCUCAUCCAUCCUUUCUUUCUUUCCAACUCCAUACUCUCUAGACAACUAUCAAGUUCUAGUAAGAGGUCUUUUUGUUGCUUUGUCUUUUUUCCGCUCGACAGAGCCAAGGGGAACGACAAGGUCUCAAAAUCGUCUGCCGCUGGUCGCAAAAUGUACUCUUUAUUAAAAUGUAAAUAAAAAACAAAAGUCAAGAUAAC